CAUGCAUAGGAGUGUCCUGGGGGCCAGGCCUAAGUGCUGCUCUCUGGCCGCGGUGGUGUGGCCUUGGCCAGGACUGCUUGACCCAAGGGAGGAAGGAGCAGGCCGCCGGCUGUCGGGCACACAUGCCCGGCUCUCUGGAAGAAAAAGAAACAAGGUAUUUGGAGACCAGCAAUGAGGUGGCCCACUGACCAAAAAACUUACCAAAGAAAUGAAGCACUCCACCAUCUGGAAUUUGAAUCCUCGCCCAAUGUCCACUGCAUCCACUAAGAACAUCCAGGUGUUCUGCAGCUGCCUGAACUCAACUCAUAGGAAAGCAGCACCCCAAGCAGCUGUGAGAUUUCUUUUGCAGCUCAAAUAACAUUAGUUUGUUAUUCUCAUGACUACAUGGUGGAGCCAUUUUCUAAGAGACCAUGAUAUGGAAACUUGUAGAAGAACUGGAGCCACAGCCUUUGGAACUGUAGGCCUUGUUAAAAGAAAAGAAACAAGAAAAAAAAACUAGCUUUUUUCAGUGGGCCCCAUAUGUAAACAUCAGAAGCCAGUGUAAUGUGUCCCUCCAGCUAUCUGGUGAGUGAUAAGGUUCACUGACAGGAAAGAGUAAGGCCAUCUUGUGGGCUGCAAGUUUCCUAAUUCCCCAGCUCCCAGAAUCACAGUCUGUUAACUUCAGUUUUGGUAUUGCCACCACUGAAAAGGAGAAAACUUUUUUUGUGCUGCUCCUAAUUCUCUCUCCUGAGGGGCUCCCUUGAAAUUAAGGUGAGUAGAAGAUAGCCAAAGGAAAGAUUUGGAGUAACACCACCCACUUCUGCUCCAGAUUCCCGGAAUCCAGCCCUUUUAAAACCAUGGAGGGACUUUUUCUGAAAGUUUUGCUGCUGGGUGCAAGUUUAACAGGAUUGCUUUUCUCUCUUGUGGAUUUUCGUUUCUUUAGGAAGACAGGCCUCCAGAGGCCUAAUUUUAUAAUCAUUUUGACUGAUGAUAUGGGAUGGGGUGACUUGGGGGCAAAUUGGGCAGAAACAAAGGACACUCCACAACUGGAUAAAAUGGCUGCUGAAGGGAUGAGAUUUGUGGAUUUUCACGCUCCAGCUUCUACCUGUUCUCCGUCCCGUGCCAGCCUGCUUACUGGAAGGCUUGGGUUGCGAAAUGGAGUUACACACAACUUUGCUAUCACCUCAGUGGGAGGCCUUCCACUUAAUGAGACCACCUUAGCCCAGGUGCUCCAAGAGGCUGGUUACAUCACAGGAAUGAUAGGCAAGUGGCAUCUUGGUCAUCGUGGCCUCUACCAACCCAAUUUCCGUGGCUUCAGUUACUACUUUGGAAUUCCUUACAGCCAUGACAUGGGCUGCAGUGACACCCCUGGCUACAACCACCCACCCUGCCCAGCUUGCCCACCUGCAGCAACUGUAUCAGAAAGUCCUGGGAAAAAUUGUUACCUGGAUGUGGGCCUUCCUUUGUAUGAAAACCUCCUCAUCGUAGAGCAGCCAGUGAACCUCAUGAGUCUUGCAGAAAAAUUUGCAGAGAAGGCUACUGAGUUCAUCCAGCAGGCAAGUGAUAGUGGCCGGCCUUUCUUUCUGUACCUUGCCCUAACUCACAUGCAUGUUCCCUUAACUGUGACUCAUCGGUCAGCAGACUUAUCAGGUCAAAGAGUGUACAAGGAUAGCUUAUGGGAGAUGGACAGCUUGGUCGGCAGGAUAAAGGACAAAGUUGACAGCACUUCGAAAGAAAACACAUUCCUCUGGUUUACAGGGGACAAUGGCCCAUGGUCUCAGAAAUGUGAGCUGGCAGGACAUGUGGGACCCUUCACUGGACUAUGGCAAACUAAUAGAGGAGGAAGUUCAGCCAAGCAGACCGCAUGGGAAGGAGGGCAUCGUGUCCCAGCUAUAGCUUACUGGCCUGGCAGAGUGCCAGCCAAUGUUACCAGCUCUGCUUUGUUAAGUGUGCUCGACAUCUUUCCAACCAUAGCGUCUUUGGCCCAAGUGAGCCUGCCCCCCCGACGACAUUUUGAUGGUCUGGACGUGUCAGAAGUUCUCUUUGGACACUCACAAACUGGACAUAGGGUGCUGUUUCACCCUAACAGUGGGGCUGCUGGAAGCUUUGGUGCCCUAGAGACUGUUCGUCUGGGGCAAUAUAAGGCCUUUUACAUCACUGGUGGUGCAAAAGCCUGUGAUGGGAGCCUUGGACCUGAACAGCAUCAUGAGCUUCCUCUUAUUUUCAAUCUACAAGAGGACCCUGCAGAAUGUGCACCUUUAGAUAGCAGCAGUGCUAUCUACCGGGACAAAUUGACUGAAGUCAUGGGGGCUCUUGUGGAUGUUCUUGAGGAUAUCAUAAGUGAUAACACUUCAGUAGCAGAUUAUUCUCAUGAUCCUUCAGCGAUCCCCUGUUGCAGUGCACUCAAGAUGGCUUGCCGAUGCCAGCUCUUGUAGUUAGCUUCAGUGUUUCAGCUGUGUGUGAA